GAUCUCGACAGUGGACCGUGAACGCUGCGAGCGCACUGGCGGUUGCGCGGGAGUCACGUGUGUGUUUACAGUGGUUGUGUUGUACGAUAUUGUGUGAAAAGUUAAGGUUCCGAAAUAAGAAAUAGAAAGCAAUGGCCACAAUCUUAGUGAAUUCCACGCAAAGCGUACUAAAAGAAACGUACGACUAUUAUUUGUGGACUUUAUCACUAUCAGAUAACAGAACAAAAGGAUGGCCGUUAGUGGACUCUCCUUUGCCCACGGCGUUCUACACGCUGUUAUAUCUUUUCAUAGUAUGGUUAGGCCCUAAAAUAAUGAAGAACAGGAGGCCGUUCAAACUGACAUGGCUGUUAGUGCCGUAUAACCUGGCAAUGGCCGCCCUUAACGCGUAUAUAGCAGUCAGGUUGCUAACUGCGUCGUUUAGGCUGAGAUAUAGCUAUAUAUGUGAGCCGUGUCGGCAGAAGUACGAUCCUGAUGAAUUGCAGAUCGCGGACGCUGUCUGGUGGUACUACUUCUCGAAGCUUCUAGAAUUCUGCGACACGUUCUUCUUCAUCCUCCGGAAGAAGGAUGAGCAGCUGACCUUCCUUCAUGUGUACCAUCAUUCCACCAUGUUCUCAUUCUGGUGGAUCGGCAUCAAAUGGGUACCAAGUGGGUCAACGUUCUUGCCGGCAAUGGUGAACAGUGGGAUUCACGUCCUUAUGUACACGUAUUAUGGUCUGUCCGUAUUUGGCCCGGCAGUUAGCAAGUAUCUGUGGUGGAAGAAAUACUUGACCAUCAUGCAACUGAUCCAGUUUACCUGUGCCCUGAUCCUCGGCAUCAAUGGCAUCAGAACCGGCUGCGAGUUCCCCCUCUGGAUGCACUACGUCCUCAUCAUCUACAUGAUCUCUUUCAUCAUACUCUUCGGAAACUUCUACAUGAAGGCCUACCUUGCAAAGGGAAGCAAAUGCAUGGAGGUAAGAUACGGCCAAUGCCUGGACGACGAAGAAACCAUAGCGAAGAGAAAACUAAAAAGUAAUUAACAUUUAGCAUAAUGGCGCGAUUACACUUGGUUGUUAGCCCGAAUACGGGUGACAAUGGAAUUCGGGCCCGUAUUGGGGUAGAUUUCGUUUUGGUUACCCGAUACCGCCUUCCAGUCCGUAUUUCAGUGUAAAUAUUGCUUCGGGUGCCAGAAUUCGAGUAAUCUUCUAAGUUAGUUUAUUGGUUCAAUGUUAAUAAUUUAUGCUACAUUAAGGGAACACGCUAUGUGUUUGAAAUUUGUAUUACACACAUGUAUAACAGGUAAAAAUCAAUGUAAACAUAAAGGAUCGAAAUUUGAGACUUGUAGAUACCACAGUGUUCUUAGAUAUCACACUAGAUUCUAAACUGCAAUGGGGCCCACCUUUUGAUAAGUUGUCAAAGAGACUUAGUUCUGCAGCAUAUGCUGUAAUAAAAAUACGUCAGUAAACGGAUAUAGAAACUGCUAGAUUAGUCUACUUUAGUUAUUUUCGAAGUGUAAUGUCUUACGGUAUUUUACUGUGGGGAAAUGCUGCCGACAUUCAAAUUUAUUUGUGUUGCAGAAGAGGAUUAUUCGAUCAAUCUAUAAUCUUCAAUGUUAUCCUAAUGGGCAGUCAUGAUCUCUUAAAAGUCUCUUUGGUGGUCGUUACGUUCCCUAAAUUAUAGUUGGGCAAAGCGAAUGCUGGUUCAUGCGUCAUACUCGUGAAUGGGUGCUGCCAGCAGAGACGAGUCUGCCCUAACUACUUUGAUAUUGAAAAUGUCAAUGUACCUUCCUAAUAUAAAUAACAUUAUUUGUAUGUAUACUGUAUGACACAGCAAUUAAAAUGCAGAUGAAUAAAUAUAUAUUUAACAUUAUGUAAUGAAAGGUGACUUCAUGAAUCUCUCCGAAGACGACUCUGUAAAUAAUAAAACAGGGAGAAAACUCAGCCCUUGCUGAGUUUCUUGCCGGUUCUUCUCAGCACAAGGUCUCAGUAGGAUGGCGUAGCUUCUAGGCAUUCAUGAGUGCUUGUAACAGCCUAAACUGAAUAAAUGAUUUUGAUUAUGAUUAUGUCUUUCGUGCACCCGAAUACGGGCUAGCGACUAAAUGUAAUUGCGCUAUAGGAGAUGUAAGAAUAUUUAUUUAUAUUAAUCUUAAGUGCUCUCUAAGUUACCUUAUUUUAAUGAACUACAACAUUGUAAAACGGCAUUAUAAAUAAACGUAG